CGUAGAUAGUGUGAGAAAGCACGUGUCGUAGCUGCGAGAGUCGAGUUUAGCCGAGCCGACCCGACGUCUCUCUCUGUCACUCUGUCAACCCUCGUACAGAACCCCUAGUGUAGUAGUCGUAGUGCACAGUCGCCCCCAGUGUUAGUGUCAGUGCGCCAUGGAGCCUCAGGGUCAAGAAAUGGUUGCAGGAGGCAGUCCCGCAGAGGUGCCCAACGAUCCAGGAAAGAUGUUCAUCGGAGGACUUAGCUGGCAGACUAGUCCAGGUGAGUCGAAAGAAAUCCAUGUAGUGAAACUCGUAGUGAGAUGAAGUUCUGAUAUUGAAGCAACGAACUGGCUAUAACAUAAUUUUUGGACAGGAGAG